AGAAUCCUUUGAUGCACCAGAGCCGGGGAAUUCGGCUUCUCCCUGUCUCUGUAUUUUUGUUGUUUGUUAGCUGUGUGAAGAAGCAGAGCGGCUGCAGCGGCUCCAGCGGCUCCAGCUCUCCUCGGGCCGAGCCCCUUUCCGUCACUCCUCAGCUCGUGCAAACGCACAGCUUUUUUCACCGCGAGCCACCAGAUUUCGCCGAUUCCCCUCUGGCACUCGGUGUCAGAGUUUGGCCGUCGGCAAAGACUCGCAGAGGGGUUCUCAGCGCACCGGAGGAAACUUUUUUUUUUUUUCCAUCUGCAACGCUGACUGGUACACCUCAAAAACACACCGGCCACUGUCACUGUCUCAGGAGCCGGGGAAGUGUUGUGCAUGGAUCAGGACUCCGGGUGAUGUAGAAGUCAUCUUUCUGGUCGUUGCAGCUCCUGGCCCUUUUCUGGGAAGCUUGUGUUUUUAGAAACAUUUUCAAAUUUCCAAACCCUUGCAGAAAGGGUGGCUCCCUGGAAGCUGUAGGCUGAGGCAACAACGUUAGAGAAGAGGAUGUUGCCUCAGGUCUCAGCGGCUGGUCAUCGCAGCACAAACUGAGCAGCCACGAGCAGCGGAAGCUCCGAGCUCUUUACUGGAUUACACAAACAAAAUCUCAGAGGAGUUCUUUCUGGAUAUAUCUUAAUUUUUAAAAAAAAAAAUUUACGGAAUUCUUUGUCAUCUUUUUUCUAUCCACCUAAAGAUCGUCUCAAGUUAAAGGAAGUUUUCAGUCAUUUUUGAAAAGCACAGCUCAGCGUCUGUUGCCCUCCACAGCUUGAAUCCUAAACUCAAGCCAUGGCGGUGUCUCGAAAGAGAGACUGACUCUUUUUUUGUCUGUUCUUCUUUUCGCGACAAAAUAGAACGCUGCCCCUUGUCUUGGCAUGCUGUUGCGUCCCACAGUGUCAGGAUUGUGCGCCAUGUUGCAGACCAUCUAUGAGACUGAGUCCUGCUUUUCCUCCGCUAGCACAGACAGCCACCACCAGCCUCUGGAGCUCCUGAGUGGCAACAGGGGCUCCAGCGCUGCCAUGCCCACCACCGUAGUGGAGGUGAAGACCAGCCUCCCGUCGGGCAUGCAGAGCCCAGUAGAAACAGCAGGCGAGCACAGAGGAGGAGGUGGAGAAGGUGGUGGGGGUCCAGGGGAAGGCCCAGGAGGAGGAGGAGGCCCGGUGGACCUACGGACAGAGCCCAGGGUGGGGUCUCUGUCUGGGGGUGCGCCGGUGGACACAGCCCUGAGAGAGCAGCAGCUGCAGCAGGAACUGCUUCUGCUCAAACAGCAGCAGGAACUGCAGAAACAGCUGCUGUUCGCAGAGUUCCAGAAAAAACACGAAGUGCUAACAAGACAGCAUGAAGUCCAGCUGCAGGAACACCUGAAGCAACAACAGGAGCUGCUGGCAGCCAAGCGGCAGCAGGAGCUGGAACAGAAGAGGAAACUGGAGCUGCAAAGACACGAGGAGCAGGAGAAGCAGAGACUGGAGCAACAACUGCUGCUACUGAGGAACAAGGAGAAAGGCAAAGAGAGUGCCAUUGCCAGUACUGAGGUGAAGCUGAAGCUCCAGGAGUUCCUUCUCAGUAAGAAAGAGCCUGGUCCUGGUGGACUGAACCAUUCCUUCUCCCCAAAGUUCUGGGGGCACACCUCCCUGGAGCAGGGCUCUCCUCCGCAGAGUAACACCCCGGGAACUCCUCCAUCCUAUAAUCUGCCCUCGCUGUUGGGGAACUAUGAGAGCAAAGAUGAUUUCCCCCUCCGCAAGACGGUCUCGGAGCCCAACCUGAAGGUGCGUUCGCGGUUGAAGCAGAAGGUAGCGGAGAGGCGAAGCUCCCCACUUCUCCGCAGGAAGGAUGGGACAGUCAUCAGCACCUUUAAGAAGAGAGCCAUUGAGAUAUCAGUCUCUUCUCUCUGUAACAGCGCUCCAGGUUCAGGUCCCAGCAGUCCCAACAGUUCCAAUUCAGCUAUCGCCAACGGCAACACUGGAUCGGUCCCCAACAUACAGACCGAGCUGAGGUCUCUCCAUCAAACGCUGGGGGCUGAUGGGACAUUGAGUCCGUUGAGUCUCUAUACCUCGCCCUCCCUGCCAAAUAUUUCCCUGGGACUCCCUGCAAAUACGCACAUCACGGCCCCUCAGAAGCUGUCUAGCCAGCAAGAGGCUGAACGUCAAGCCAUCCAAUCAAUGCGAGGAGGCGGAGCCCUCACAGGGAAGUUUCUCUCCACAUCAUCCCUACCUGCAGGGGUGGGGCACGAUGUGGAGACUCCGCCAACCAGCUCUCACUCUGCCCAUUCCUCAUUAUUGCAACAUGUACUACUACUGGAGCAGGCCAGGCAACAGACUGCCAUGCUCGCUGUCCCGAUGUACAGCCAGUCGCCGCUGGUUACGGCAGAGAGAGGCGUGUCCAGUGGCAUGCGCACGGUCAACAAGCUGCCACGCCAUCGCCCGUUGGCCCGCACCCAGAGUGCACCUUUGCCCCAGUCCCCCCAAGCCCUGCAGCAGCUGGUGGUUCAGCAGCAACACCAGCACUUCCUGGAGAAACACUACAAGAUGCUAUCGAAGGGAGCAGACCUUCCUAGGCCGCCACCCACCCACCCAGAGGAGACAGAGGAGGAGCUAACAGAGACCAAUGACAUGCAGGAGGACGACGGAGGGGCAGGACCUCACAGGCUUCAGAAGGAGGGGUCCGACGACAGCACACCCUCCUCCGAGCGACUGAAGGGCGAGGAGGAGCAUGGGGGCAUGCACGUGAAAGGGGAGAGCACAGAGAGUGAGCUGGACGAAGAGGACGAGGAUGAAGAUGUCAUCCAGCUGGAGGAGGGCGAUGAAGAGGAGAGAGGGGCCUACACACAGGCCUUGCAGCAGUUGGGUGUAUUCCAGUCCUCAUUGCCCCACAGGCCUCUGGGACGAGCGCAGUCCUCCCCCGCAGCCACCGUCAAUCCCAUCAAACACCUCUUUACUACUGGGCUCGUGUACGACAGUCUGAUGUUGAAGCAUCAGUGUGUGUGCGGCAACGCUCACAUCCACCCGGAGCACGCUGGGAGAGUGCAGAGCAUCUGGUCCAGACUGCAGGAGACGGGCCUGCUAAACCGCUGCGAGAGGAUUCGUGGGCGUAAAGCAUCUCUGGAUGAGAUCCAGUCAGUUCAUUCAGAGUUCCACACUCUGCUGUAUGGAACCAGUCCUCUCAAUCGACACAAGCUGGACCACAAGAAAUUGCUGGGUCCAAUCAGCCAGAAGAUGUACGCUGUUCUUCCAUGUGGAGGAAUAGGGGUGGACAGUGACACCGUGUGGAACGAGAUGCACUCGUCGGCAGCAGUCCGCAUGGCGGUUGGCUCGGUCAUCGAGCUGGCCUUCAGAGUGGCGGCGGGGGAGCUGAAGAACGGCUUUGCGGUGGUGCGUCCACCUGGUCACCACGCUGAGGAGUCCACGGCCAUGGGCUUUUGUUUCUUCAAUUCAGUAGCUAUCACCGCAAAACUGCUGCAACAGAAACUGGGAGUGGGCAAGAUCCUCAUUGUGGACUGGGACAUUCACCACGGCAACGGCACCCAGCAGGCCUUCUACAGUGACCCCAAUGUCCUCUACAUCUCCCUCCACCGGUACGAUAAUGGGAACUUCUUUCCUGGCAGUGGAGCUCCUGAAGAGGUGGGAUCAGCAGCAGGUGUUGGUUUUAAUGUGAAUAUUGCAUGGACUGGAGGAGUGGAGCCACCAAUGGGUGAUGUGGAGUACCUGACUGCUUUUAGGAAUGUGGUGAUGCCGAUCGCCCAGCAGUUUAGCCCAGAUGUGGUCCUGGUGUCUGCAGGCUUCGAUGCAGUGGAGGGUCAUCAGUCGCCUCUGGGAGGCUACAAUGUUUCCGCCAAGUGUUUCGGUCAGCUCACGCAGCUGCUGAUGGGUCUGGCGGGCGGGCGGGUCGUCAUGGCGCUGGAGGGCGGCCAUGACCUCACCGCCAUCUGUGAUGCAUCAGAGUCCUGCGUCUCGGCGCUUCUGGGAGACACGUGUGAAUCUGCGUGUCAGUGGCCUCAGGAAAAGCCAUGUCCAAAAGCCUGCGCCUCACUGGAGAGAGUAAUAGAGAUCCAGAGCAAACACUGGUCCUGUCUCCAGACGAGUGGCCACUCGCUACUUGAUGACCCCCUCGGUGCUCAGGGCCAAUCGGAGAAGGACGAGGCGGACACGGUCAGCGCCAUGGCCUCCCUGAGCGUCGAUGUCGAGCAGCCGGGCUCGAUUCCCGGCGACUCGGAAACCAGCAGGUCCACAGAGGAGCCAAUGGAAGAAGAGCCUGUGUUGUAGGAGGAGCUUAAAAACAGGAAGGACACAAAAAUUCCACAUUCACCUCCUUCUAGCACCUCCUCUUCCUCUUCCUUUUCUUCUUCCUCCAUGGAGAUUGUGCAGUAACGGAAUUGUGCCGUCGAGGAGAAGUCCGAUUGGCUGAGGAGAACAUUACGGAGGAUAGCAAGGGGCGGGCUGGGAAGACCAUGCACAAAUCCCUUUUUGUCGAAUGGCUCAUCGGCCUGACGGGGAGCAGACGACUUGUUAGCAUCUCCAUGGAAACCAGAGGAGGGGAGUGUCAGCGAGGAUACACGCCUUGUGAACUGUACACAGCACCACUGAUUUUCUCCCCCCUCCACCCUUCAAUCAUUCUUCUGUCUUUACGCAUUAGUCCCAACUCCUCCGUUUCCACCGGGGGACGAUGACGUUGGAAAUAACCUCUUUAUUUGAAAACGCCGGACUCCCAAGCUGACGACUUGUCUUCUUGUGUGUCUGUCGGUACGCCGGAGACAUGAGGCUGAGCCAACACAGGGUAGAGGAGGAAUAUCCCAUUUUUAAAAAGAGCAAAGGAGGAGGGUGAACUCGGUGCCUUUUUUUGUCCAUAAAAGAAAACAAACAAUUGAAUCAGAAAAACCACGACACACCACCACCGCCGCAGCACCUCAGCAAAACCAACCAGCCAAUUAAGACUGAAGACAAACACUCAUACACAUACAAGCUCACACUACUGUGGUUCCAGCCGGUUCACCUCCAGUCCGUUCAUGUUUGAGUCUUUGUUCUUUCAUCUGGAUGCCUUAAUUUUGUUCUUAUCUCACUAUUUAGCAACAUUGAGAGAGACAGGGGGAAAGAGAAACAUGAGAUAUUAAUCAGAAAUGUAUCAGAACUGCAAAGAAUUGUAUUUUAUCUGACAAUAUUCAUGUCAGGUAUUCCCAACAGACUUUGUUGUUUUUUUGAGGGAUGAACAGCCUCUAAAGCCAUCAUUACACACUAGAAAUCUCCAGCAAAAAUCUCCAUUGAAUAUUAAUAUCAAUAUCACGGCUAAUAUUCAAUCAGACUUUUUAUGGAAUCUGGUGAAAGUGUCUCAGGAUCAGCUCAAUCUCAGCAGUAUUCAAUGUUUCAAACAUGUCAUUGGUUGAACUUGAUGACAUCACCACCACCACCACCUCUCUGUCAGUCCUCUCUUGUGACUUCAGGUCGAGAGUCAUGUGACCUGAGUCAUGUGACCUGCGACCUUCCUGUGUAAAAGGAAUUGUGCGCCCGUUUUUGAAACACCAAGACAACCACCCCGUAGCCGCACCCCCCUCCCCUCCCCCUCCCCCAAAAUUGUAAUAUCACUUGUUCGAUGUAAAUACUGUUCUAUCCUGUUGCCCAUGGUUACAUCACAGCAGACUCGGUGUGGUCACUUUUCUAUAUCUGUACAUAUACAUACAUGUAUAAAUAACUAAAUACUUUUUCUUUUUGUAUAAAAAAAGAUAAUAUACAUAUAUGAAUAUACAUAUAUGUAUGUGUAUAUAUAUAUACACUCACACAGACACAUACACACACAUAUAUAUUUAUGUAAAGAGUGUUUUAUCCAAUCAGAUUGGAUUUAUGAAUAUAUUAUAUUUGGAGAUUUGAUGUUUUAAACAUUUAGCUGUUUGACGGGAAGUAAGCACUGAUGCCAUCCGAUCGGCACCUGUUUGUAUGUGUGUGUGUGUGUGUGUUUGUUUGUUUUACAGAUGCUGAGAAUGUCUGGAUAUUGUCGUGGUGGUGGUGGUGGUUGAUGAUGUUGUUGUCGGAGGUGAACUGUGAGGCAGGCAGGACCAGGACCAGGCAGGCGGCGGCACAGAAGCAUUUGCAGAAAAGGAGAUAUUAAGGUCAAAGGUCAUGGCUGGGUCAAUAGGGUGGUCCAGUGAUGGGGUCAAUUUGUAAUCCGACAGGGAGUUAGCUGAAUGGAUAGCUCCUGUAACGGAGACAUUUUAGUCGGUGAGCGACACGAAGAAGUUUGCUUAAAAUGUGAACUCAUGGGGAAAAGCAAUUGUAAGGCAACAAAAAAAAUUGAACAAUUGAAUUCCUCCAUUAAACUCAAUGCAGCCAUGUAAAUUCACUUGAGACUGCAGUUUGCCACUAGCCGGUGAACACAGUGGAUCAUCUAGCUGCUCAAGAGGCAGAUAUUUCCCCCAGGAGUUGGCAGGGACCAAAAAUAAAAAUAAAAGAAGAGUGAAUGUUGGAAUUUUUCAUCAUGUUGCUCCGUUAUUGCCGGCUGUGUAAAUCGGCAACUCUUUGCCAAACAAACGUUUGUGGCUUCAUCAUAGAAGGGGUUAUGUCAGGCCAACCUCCAGCUUCCCUCUUUCAGGGUACAUAGAAUUCUUCCUGGCCGGCUACCUCGAGGCACUAAACCUAUUGCUUUUACCAGGAUCACUUUUCACAAACCCAAAGACUCUCUGCUUCCUGAAAAAUGCCCUGUGGACACAAAGCUUCAGACCUGGACCACUCUAUUACACACACACACACAGGCACAAACUUACACAUACUACAGAGAAACACUAACAUUGUGUGAAGUCGCAAUCGUCAAACCUUCAACCCCACUUAACUGCAUUUCCAAAGAGCCCCGGCAGUGUAAUAAGUGUCACAGCCUCCUCCGGGCGGCGCUUGACCAGGAUGCAGCAACGGUGCCCCUGUAAAGUAGUGUCAGAGGGAAACUUCUGGUGGCCGCACCUGGGAAUCCCCGUUAUUCAAACGUGUGGUUCACCUGUGAGAUAUGAUUGCAUGAUCCACAUCUUUUUUUUUUUUUUAAUCUCGCAAUUGCCACGUUGUUGUUACUUGCUCAGCUAGCCAAUGGCGGUCUUCUACCCGCGGCCCACAUCCAGUGAGUCAGACUUGCGAGGCUGCCCCCUCUGGAUCUCAUCUGUUCAAAGCAAUACAACACUGACAAUAGUGACAGGAAGAGAAAACGAGAGACAGACACACCGCGGCGACCAGCGGCGGCGUAGCCAUGGUAACACAGCAGACAGCCGUCACGACCUGCAUUAUUCGUGGGGCUCCCUCUAGCUUUUACGUGUGUGUCUGAUUUAUUGAGCUGGGUCUCCAGGCAGUUAAGUGUUAUCUCUUUUUGUACUAAUGUUAACACUGAGGCCAGUUUGUCCCAUCAAACCUGCAGCACGGUCAGAGAGGGCGGACUGGUGAUUGAAUAGAUCUCAGAUGGAUGAUGAUUCGCCAUCAAUCAUGUCAGCGUUGAUGUCAACAGCUUUGAGCUCAUGCAGGCCUAGAGGAACAAGGUGAACAGCUGCGAGUGGCAACUACCAUACCACACUACCAAGCCUAAAAAGAAUUAAAUCAAGCAAUUUUCAUCCCCCUUGAAAAUGCCUUAAAACUAUUUAAUAUUUGAAUAACCCAACAGCAAGUGAAUGGAAGUUGGAUUUGGAUUUUCCCUGUCACUUUGGCGGCAUCUAGUGGCCGUUAGAGAAUCCUCCUAAAAUGGCAACAUCAGGGCUUGAUUCUGGUUCUGGUCUUGAUUUGGACCUGGUUUUGCAGUUGUGGCCAUUAUAGCUUUAUAGGUGAUAACACUGUACUCAUCGAGUCAGUAGGUCUGAUCUGGGAUCAGGACAACUUAAGUAAAAAGCCCGUCUGAAUUGUCUCGAACAAACAAAUCCCAGACUUUUUGGGGAAGACAGAACAGUAUAACUAUUACCCACACAGUCUAUUGUAAACAUCCAGUACAGUUUACAGAACACGUCCCAGUUGAAACCCGACCUGCCGUUCCUACCUUAGCUCUGAUGGUUUUGUAUACAGUAAGGAAUUAUGGUUGAUAUUUUGUUUGCACCACUUCAGAUCAGUAGCAUCUUUGCUUUUAAGGCCAGAGUGCAGGACUUGAGUGUCUGUUACAUUCCAGCACUCGCCCAAUCAAGUUCACACAACGCUGAUCAAGCUUUUCGGCAACAGGCGAAGUUUUAUCAGAGGUUCAAAUCUGGUAUCUGUGGUGAAAUUCCCACAAAAUGGUGCAAUAGUAGCGAUGCAUAUUUUUUAACGUCAGCCAGCAAGUUUGUGACGACGUGGGACGCAACUUUAGCAAACCAGAAGGAAUCUUCUAUAGUAACUAGGAAUAUGCCAAAGGCAUUAAAAGCAUAGGAAGCGUCCAAGAAAAGUGUCUGAUGCUCCUGAUGAAAAAGAAACUCUCCAUAGAAGGAUUCCAGUUUUAACAGGGAGAAAUCAAAGACGAGGACAAACACAGAGCAGCAUUGGUGUGAUUUUUACUGGCUGGAGAAGAGAAGGGACUGAGGGCCAACAUUUAUGUCGCCUUACUGGUCUUGGAAAGUGUGGCAGAUGUAAAAUAUUCUGGGUAUUGAGCUAUUACACAUACUCCACCUGAAUAUUGACCAUUGUCUUUAAAACUGUCCCCGUAUUUGGCAGUGUUUGUGUAAUUACUCUCACUACCAGAAGGUGGAGACUAAAGUUACGCACUGUUGCUUUUAAAGAGGAGCCACAUCUACUUGCAACUGUUUGUAGGUUGAAUUAAAAAAAAUAUUUUGUGUGUAUUUUCAAUUUCCACAUGUAAAAACCAGCAAAAAAAGAAAGAAAAAAUGAAAUAGCAUUAUUAGUUUUAGAAUUGUGUCUGGCACUAUGACUUAUUUACAUAAUUUCGUUGUGCCUUCCACAAAGUCUGACUGACCAGCUUUGGAUCUCAAUGCUCAACUCUUGUAACAGCAGUGGAUGGGAAUUUGCAUUAACUCUAUUUUUCUGAAAUGAUCCAGUAUUUAUUAAUUUAAGAAGAGCAAAGAUAAGAGGGAAGUAGAAAUACUCACUGUUUUGUAGGUGUUUUCCCACAAAAAUGUUCAAUUCGAGCAGUAAGUGCCCAAGUCCUUAAGGGGCCCCUAAAGCCUGUUGUAGGUGUAACUGGGACCACAAAUGUAUAGAUUAUUUCAUUCAGAAAUUACUACAAUUGUCAAGUUAAUUGGAAAAUCUGCUAAAAUUGUUAAAUGUAGUUGGAAUUAUAUUACAACCAGAUUUAGAACACCACCACAAACAAAAACAAAAAAACUUGUAAUGAAAGCAAGUUACUCUUUUGGCAGAGAUCAAUACUAUUCCAGCAAGAACAACAAACACAACCACUUGAAAAUAUGGCGGGGCUUUAUUACACACCAAUAGCCAGUACUAUUCCAGCAUAACGGACACAAGGCACAAACGGUCGACUGUAUCAAUCCAAUAUUCAGGCCUGGGAAGGUGAGAACUCGGGGCUGGGCUCUGAACUUUCUCCUGUCUCCAUGAAAAACUACUUCGGCCCCUCUUCCUGCGUACAACCAAGUGCUUCACAACUAAUGUUCCGAGUACCACAACGACGUACAAUUUAUCCCCAAAGUCGUGGUGGUUGCUGCUUGGUCUUGCGCUGCUGCCAGAGGGCGACACACAAGCACAGAUGGGGGUGGGGGGACGCCUUCAGGAGGCUGUGUGCACACUUUGUGCUUCUGGUUUGAGACGGACCUGAGUUCCGAGGAGCCUCCUUGGCCAGCCGGGCUCUGAAGAUAGAGGGGAUGCCUAGAAAUAAUAAUGUGCACCACUGAGUUUCUAUUUUGUACAUUUAAAACUCUUACCACAAUAAAAUAGGAAUAGUGUUGACACAGUGCGUUGGUUCGUGUCGUCAGGGCACCUCCCCAGUCUUAGAGGCCACGCAGCUUUACCGUCGCUCCCACCCACACUAAGGUGAACCGCACAUUUUCACACACACUCAAGACUAUUUUGCUACAUGACUUAAUACUGUAUAUUUCUUGAUAUGUUUGAUACUGUGGUGUAACUGUAGUGUCCUGCUGUGAUUGGUUGGGGGUGGUGGUUCUUUUUUUUGGGACUCUUGAGCGGGACAGAGGACGUCCUGUAUCAGUGUGACUGUCACCUACGCCCUGUUUGACCUCCUUCUGUUCUGUUUUGUUGUUGUUGAGGGGACACGCUCUCUCGGUUGCCCCGCUCCAGUCCAGCUCGUGACAGACUGAACAAUUUGAAAAACGCCGUUUUUGUUGGAACUGAUCACAAGCACAUUCCUGAUUAUUCUCUGUCCGUGCUGUUGUUUUAUCCAGAUUCUUUCCUGUUGCGACAAUACGUGUUCCAUUCUUUCUGACUCACAUGUAUAUAAAAGUGCAUAUAUGUGUACACAUGUGCAAUACACGCUAUUCGAGCAAUCUAUUACUGUGACUAUUAUUGAUGAUUAUACUUGUCCCUUUUUCGAACGCUCAGCCCUUUCUUUCUUUUUCUUCCUGUCCUCAUUUCGUGUUGAGGAGUUGUGUUGCAAGAGCUUAAAAAGGGAACGUGACUCUUGUGAUUCUUCACACUGUUUCAUUUCAGGGUUUGUGGACAUUUUAAUGAAGCCCUUUUUUUUAUUAGUCUGACUGUAAUGUUGUGACGUUGAUCCUUAUUAUGUUUCUUUGUUGUUGAUUUUUUUUUUUAAGUGGGCCUGUUGUUAAACUUGUCUGGAAACUCAAUAAAGCAAUUCACUGACA